AGACUCAGCGUUUCCAAUUCAAGAUUAAAUGGCGAUAGCUGUGAGUGUGACGGUUUGGAACUGCAUCACAUGAAGUUUAGGAAUAAGAUUGGAAUAGUACUAUUACAAUAGUACUUCUAAUUGUUUAGAAAGAGAAAAAAAAACAGCUUCAGAAGUUAAAAACUUUGUUGUAGUCUUUUUCUAAGAGUUACUACCAGAGUACCUUGUUCAGUAUGUCUGCCUAUGGAACAUAUGAUUCUGAGUAUGGGGUAGCAGAUGAGGGUGCCCCGUUCUCCAACUUUGAGAAUGCUUUUUCAGAGAAAGCAGUUAGAAUGGGAUUCAUUCGCAAAGUGUAUGGAAUUUUGAUGGUACAACUUGCUAUCACGCUGGGAUUCAUUGCUCUAUUCCUUUAUGUACCGGCAGUUAAGAAGUUUACUUCUACACACAUAGAACUGUUCUGGAUUGCACUUGUCCUCAUGUUUAUACUUAUGAUCAUCUUGGUUUGCUGCGAUAAAGUCAGAAGGACCUCUCCUACUAAUAUAUUCAUACUCAUGGCAUUUACUGUCUUAGAAUCUUUCUUGCUGGGAUUUGCAGCAGGGGGUUAUGAUUCUGAUGAAGUGGUCAUGGCUGUUGGUAUUUGUGCAGUAGUAUCUCUGGGUUUGACCAUUUUUGCUUUCCAAACAAAGUGGGAUUUUACCUUGUGUGGUGGUUUCCUUUUUGUGUCAGUCUUGAUUUUAAUUCUCUUUGGCUUCAUCUGUAUUUUCAUUCCAGGACGGGUAGUAAGUCUUGUUUAUGCAUCCCUGGGAGCUCUGAUUUUCUCACUAUACUUGGUGUAUGACACACAGCUGAUGAUAGGUGGCAGUCACAGGUACUCUAUUUCUCCAGAAGAAUACAUCUUUGCAGCUCUGAACCUUUACCUUGACAUCAUCAACUUGUUCCUUUUCAUUCUUCAGAUCAUCAGCUCUGCUAAAGACUAAGGAUUACUGUCUACCAAGAAGCUGGUCUGUUACUAAUGGCAAACAUAAAAAAUUAAAAAGCUUGGUUGACAAGAAAAACAUUUCAAAACUGUAACUGGAGGUUCAAAAUAUGAUGUUUUUAGACUGUUAACAAUAGUAAUAAAAAUUUUAGGUUUUGAAUAUUUGAUAAAUGAAAAAUAUACUGAAUGCAUUUUAAAAUUACCCAAUAAUGUACUUUGACUACGGCAGACACAUAUAAUACUAUUUAUGGUAAAUACAGUGUUUUACAAAAACUUCUGGCAUACUUAUGGUUGGUUACUUAUCAGAACACAUUUUGUGUAAAUGCUACAAUGAUAACCUUACAUGCUUUUUUUUCUCCCCCAGAUUAAACUAUAAAUUCUUCUCUUUUUUUUAAUAUUACCAUGGAAUAAAUUAAUCUUAAGAUUUUUGUAGGUUUAUAUUGACAUUUUUUCUUGUCAGUUAAACGUUUUUAAAUAGAAGUAAAAGAAUCUUGUGGAUAUUGCAUCCUUAUGAUUAUAAAGUUUGCCAAAUGUUUGUAAAAUACUUAAUAAUUAGCAGGAGUUCAAUAACUACAUAAACAUUUCCAACCUGAUAUUUCUGCAUUAUGAUUUAAUUCCAAAAAUAUAUUUAGUUUUUACUAGAUACUAACUCUCAUUUUUACAAUGGCUCUCUGGUCUUUAAGGAUAUAAGAAUUAAAAGAUUAUAACUUAAGUUUGUUUGUUUUUUCCAUAAAUGUAAAAAUAGUAUGUUUUUCAUAGUAUUAAAAAUGUAUAAAUACUAAGAAUAUUUAAAAUUUAAGUAGUUGCAACUAAAAAUAUGUAUAAUUCCCCAUUGUUAUGAGCUAUUGAAAUUUUACUCUUAUGCAAAUUAUGUAGUAAUGCUACUAUUAAUAUUAUAUUAGAAAUAAUAUGAUGUGGUGUGAUGCUGAAUUUUCUCUCUCCUUGACAAUUUGUCUACAGGAAAUUAGCCUAGCUAAUUAAUUACUGGAAAUCUUUAAUAUGCUUGUGAUACUUAUUAGAAAACUUGUAUGCAAAAAUUCAAGAUGUCUGACUUGUCCAGCUUCAAUGGAAGAACAAUUUAUUUAUUUAUUAAAAACAUACAGCAUAUUGUUAUGGUUAAACUAGUAAGACUUAUGCUUUACAAUUAUACAUAUUUCAUUUAAAAUUUAAACUUUGAAAAUACUAAUAACUUACCUUGUAACUGUAAAAAUUAUUCUUCGAUGAAACCUCAUCAUAAUCAUGUUGUUAGAAGUAACUUAAAUCUAGUUGGAGAUGAACAUUUAAUUAAGAUUUUGCAAAAAUGUUCUAAAUAUAGGACUUCAAGGAAAAUUAUAAAAAUACAUUUAUUAAAUUAAAUAAUUAACAACUUUGAUGAUUUUAUUAUUAAAAUUAAUAAAGAAAAGGAAUUUUCCCUCCAUGUUAUUUUUAUGAAUGGAAAAUUUUACUAUUAAAGCUUUAGAAAAUAAGAUUAAAGUCAAUUGAUUUGUAAAAUUAUAAUUUUGAUUUCUUUUCUAUUAUCUUCAAAAGAAAAGUAAUUCAAGAUGCUUUAAUAAUCAUGUUUUGAUGAACCAGGUAGAAAUUUUCAGUUUUAUGCUUAGGUAUUAUUUUAUAUAAAAUUAGAUAUGAUGAAUGAAUAAUUUAAGGAAGACUUGUAAAAAUUGGGGAUCUUUAGUGGACUUAGCUUUUUUAAUUUUGUUUUUAACAUUAUGCCUAAAUUGCAUAAAAAGACAAUAAAAAAUAAAUUUAGAUUUAUUAUAAGUACUAUUCUUAUACCUGUUGUUAUAACUUUAAAUGAAAUCUCAGUAUAAUGUUUAAAAAGUAAAAUUAUUUACCAACAUUUUUUUUACUUGUGAUUUAAAAUCUUGACACAACAAUAGCUCUAACUGAUUUAUUGAGAGGUUCUACCUUUUUUUUAAAUCAGUUUUAGAUGAUAUUAAUAUUAUUUCUAAUUUUCAUUUUCCAAAGAACAGUUCAAAAAUUAUCCAGUUUUCAAUUUUUAAUAAUUCUAUUAUAAUGAAUAAAUAUAUUUAUAAACAGAAAUGGAUUACCAGGGGGAGCUAGAUUUUCUACUAAUUUAGCUAAUUUGUUAUUUUUACCUAUAAAAAUUCACUUUAAAAAGAAAGUUACUAAUGCUCAAAUUUUCAGCUGUAUUUUGCAUUAUAUUGAUUUAAUUUCACAGUUUAUUAUUAUCAAGUACAGUAUCUAGAUUUGGAUAUAAGUAUUUAGGAAAGAUCCAAAUUUCUAUUUUUAACAGAAGAUAAGAUUUUAAUUUCAAAGUUUUUGGUUUACAGCUAGAAGUAGUCUUGUGUCUUAUUGUUGGUUUAAAGGUGUAAUUCUCUCCCAGUUAAAAAGAUAUGCUUAAAUAUGUAAUAAUGAUUCAUUGUUCGAACUUUUGGUUGAUAAUCUAAAUUACAGUAUAUUUCAAUAUUAGGAACUAUUAAAAUAAUAAAAAUAAUUUAAUAGAUAAAAAAAAAAAGGAAAAUGUAUUGUAAAAGAAACUUUUUCCAAAAGAUGGUUAAUUCUAAGUCACAGAAACACCAAAAUUCUGAUAUAGAUAAAAACACUUUUAUUUGGCUAUACAGUGCAAGUUAUUGGACCUGGAAAGGUCAACUUCAUGUAAAGUAGCUUAAUUUCCAUCUUGUAUUUUAAUUUUUAUAGAAAUAAUAAUUUAUCAGCCUGUUACUGUUUGUUUAUUUUUUAUGGGUAGAGGAAGGAUUGUUAAAUAUGAACCUGUAUUAGAGAGAGAAAAAAAGGAGUUUUUGUCUUCUUAUUUUUAUUUUGUUUCCUGAUUUACCAUUUUACCUUUCCAACAACUGAUCUGAACACUGGCAGGUAGUUGAAUAUGAAACAUCGUGGAUUUAUGAACCUGUACUCCUUCCCCUUUCUUAAUUUUAAAUUUUAUUGUUUUUCUGGAUUAAUAUUAAUUUUCAUUGUUCUUCUGUAUUACCUGACUGGUUUUUCACUGAAACAUUUUGGAAGAUUUCUGAAGAGGUGUCAUAUCCCCAUUGUAUUUUGGGUGCUUAUGACUGUUGGCAUCUUCCUCUAAGGCUGUAUCAUUUACAGUUUUCCAUGUGAUACAACUUUAAUGUUUUAUGAUGUUUACAUUGGGCACAAUUUUGAUAUACUAAUAAUAAAAAUAAUAAAUUUUGUAAUUGUUCUUUUAACUCCUUACAUCUGAAUUAUAUAUGUAGCCUUUAAUGAAUUUAUUAGAACCACCAUAUUAUGAUUUUUCCUCAUUUUUCUACCACUAGUUAAAUUGAGGGGCUUCUUAAAGUCCUCAAUUUAUUUCUUUUUCUUUGUGUGUGUUUGAUUUCAAUCCAUAUUCAAAUUGAAGAGAAUACUUCUUAACCUUGAUUGAAUCUUGUAGCUAAUUAAUUUUCAAACUUCUCUGGUUUUAUGAAAAUUUUAACCUUAAGCUCAGAAAAAUAAGAGAAUGAAAAAGUAAGUUUAUGAAGUUUAUAAAAAGACAUCUUCCAUUCACUAUAUAAGUACGGAUGUAUGAGGUGACAGUAGUGGCCUCGUACUAGGCCAGUGUAGUAAGUCACAUGUAGUUUAAUGAGACCUAUAUUUGUGAUUUUCAGAGUUUAACGUUUAUAUGUUGUGAAGUAUUUAUUAAUAUCGAAAAAAUAAAAGUUGACUUUUUUGCAUCUGUAGUAUAAGUAAGAAAUAUAAAUUGAACUUAUACGUCUUAGAAGUGUAAAUUAAAACUUUUUAACUCGUAUAAAUGCUUUCACACUGAAACAGACAACUGUAGUAAUAUUCAUUAGGGUAGUCAGGUUGUGUUCAUAGAGAAAUAACUUAUGUAAGGAUUUAGCGUAAUGUUACAAAACUGGUUUUCUAAUAUUAUGAUUAUUUCCAUAGCUUUGGUGCUUAUGUAUUGUAAGUAAUUAGAAACUUAAGAUUGGUAUUGUUGUAUAUUUUACUCAAAUAAUUUAGUGCCAUCUUUUUCACUAUAAAUGAUUUAUGAUUAGAAAUAGAUGGAGUAUAAUGAUUGAAUUAUUUAAAUUACAAAAUAUUAGGCCUAGAACACAAAUUUUAAGUAUAGUGAAUCCAGCUCUCGUGAAGCUUUUACAGGGUUUGCUUCCAUGUCUUGACAUUUAUUAUAGGCUAGUCUCCAGUUUCGGUUUUUGAAAUUUUGUAUAAGUUGCUCAUUUUCUAAUGAAUAUACAUACUGUACAUUUUAACAAAACAUCAAUACAACCUGUUUGGUAAGAGUAUUAUGUUUUUGUGAAUAUCUAGUCAUAAAAGAAUUUGUAUUUGGUAAUAGAUGGAAAACGAUAAGGCAAAACUUUUCGUAUGGAAAUUUAGAGAUUGUGUUAUUUUUGCUACAUUUAUUUAGAAAAAUACAGUCAUCUUUAAGUGUAACACUAAGGUAACUAUAAAUAUAGUUUAGAAAUUCUGAAAAUAAUGUUAAACAUAAGCUAAAAGUUUUUGUUUUUUUAUCAAUGGUAUAUCAAUGAAAAUGCCUUGUUUAAGGUUUACCUGUUAGUUAACUUCACAACAAAGAGUUUAGAGAUAUGAUUAUUACACCAUUUUACUUAGUUCUUUGGCUAUUAGUAUGAAUUUGUAAUAGGACGUGUUAAGAACUAGAAAACAUAUUUCCUUGUAACACUAUUAACACACGCAUUGUAACUUUAUAGUCGAGUUGUUCACAUGUCUAUAUAGGAACUUUCUUCACAUACAUAGAAAUUGAAUAGUGUAACACUAAUGUUUGUGAGUUUAGUCCCCUUCUGCUUGUAGAUGGGUAUAACAUUUUUAAGGAUAAACCACGUAAUGAGGGAAGCAGUUGCAAAAGUAAAAACCUUACUUGUGUUUAACUUGUAUAUUAUGAAGUGGGUUUUGGUGUCUGUAAAAUAAAAUCUGGUUUUCAAGGCAUUA